AAGCCCUCACCGGAAGUCUUGUCCUCGCUAGCUUGUCUGUGAUUUUUUUAGUUGAAGUUGAAAAAGAAGUUUACCUGAGGUCUACUCACCCAACUGUGCGACAUUUCUUUAGAAGUACCUGUGUGCCAUGAGUGGACAGGCGGUACCUGCAGACAUUUCAGGACACAUGUUGGAUUUGGACGAAGACGAAGACCUUGAGGUGUUCAGCAAGAAGACCUCUCUGGCCGAUGGAAACGCUAUGCCUAACUCCCCAAGCUCCAUGGUCAACCAGUACAGCCUGGAAGAUGAAGAGGAGCAACAGGAUGGCAAUACCAAAGACACCUUCAUCACCGUGGACAACCCGGAGAGCCAUAUCACUGCCAUAGAGACCUUCAUUUUGUACAGAGUCGUGACCAAGACGACGCGGAGUGAGUUUGACUCCUGUGAGUACGAGGUACGCCGGCGCUACCAGGACUUCCUGUGGCUGCGGAGCAAACUGGAAGAAAACCACCCAACACUAAUCGUACACCCUCUCCCUGAGAAGUUUGUGAUGAAAGGCAUGGUGGAGCGCUUCAACGACGACUUCAUCGAGACCAGGAGGAAAGCCCUGCACCGCUUCCUCAACAAAAUCGGCGAGCACGCCGUCCUGUCCCACAGCGAGCACUUCAAGGUCUUCCUCACUGCACAGGACCUGGCGUCUUACCGGAAACAGGGUCCCGGCUUCCUCAGCCGGAUGGGGGAGACGGUGAGGGCUAUGGCCAACUCGAUGCGUGGCCUGAAGAGCCGGCCAGAGGAGUUCACAGUAAUGCAAGAGUAUGUGGACAACUUCAGUAACAAAAUCUGCUCUGUGGACAAAAUCACACAAAGGAUCAUCAAGGAACAGAGAGAGUACAUGGAUGAGCUGAAGCAGUACAACCCAACCUACUCCCAGUGGGCGGACUUAGAGGAAAACCUCGCAGAGCCUCUAAAGGGAAUAGCUAACUGUCUGGAGCAGUGCAGUACGGAAACAGAGGAACAGACCCAGCACCUGUCUGAGAACCUGGUCCCCGCCCUGCAUGAGUAUGUUCUCUGUGCUGACACCCUGAAGGCUGUGCUGAGACGGAGGGACAGCAUUCAGGUCGAGUUUGAAGCAAAGAACGAUGCUUUGGGAUCCAGAAAAAACGACCUGGAAACACUGCAAGAGGAGGUGGAUGAUCUCGCGGACCGGGUGGAGCAGGCCAACAACACUUUGCGAGGAGACUGGUCCCAGUGGAAGAGCAGCAUGAGAACUGAUCUCAGAUCAGCAUUUGUUGCUGCUGCAGAAAGGAAUAUCGAGUACUACGAGAAGUGUCUGGCUGUAUGGGAGACAUUCUUACUGUCUCAGAAAGGAGAGCCCCUCAAUCAAGGAAAUGGGGAGAACUCUUCCUAAAGUCGAAAGAAUGCCUUUUUUUUUUCCAAAAUGCACAAAGCACACACCCUGUGGUCUUUCCAUAAAAACCUCAAGAGGAAGAUUGAGCCACUUUCCGCUGACGAAAUGUCCAUCAUGAAAAAAAAAAACAAGCAUGUUUUCAACUUUUCUGUCCUUAUUUUAUGGCCAAAGAGAUUAAUCCCACCAUUCCAAUUCUAACUGUAAAUCACAAAAAUCAAAUGCUGCAUUCCAAAAAAACCUAAAAAAAGUUUACUUGUUUGCACACAUAGUGUGUUUGGCCAAAAGCCGGCGUUUCCAUCUCAACACAUUUCUCUAUAUGAUAAAUUAUAGAUAUGGUGUAGUAACACCAUCUCCUCAUGAGGAGGAAACCGUUAUGGUUUUGAUGGUAGAUUUAGAUGAACCUGGUACAGUUUCUGUCAGCGUGCAUGAUCUGAGAAGCUGUGAAUUCAAACCCACCACUGCUCCAAACAGGCCGGACCACCGGAGACGGUUGGCCUCCAGCUAGCUUUCAGACGUUUCGCUUGAAAAGUGAAAUGAACGUGGACCAAAGACAUCGAAAAAAAUAAAGUGCCUGAUUCUUUAUUUCGAGUUUUCCUUAUUCUUCUUCAAUCACUAAAGGUCUCCUUUAACUCAACAAAAACCACUGAUCACAGCCUAUUUUAGUCUAUGGAGUUCAUCUUUCUGAAAACAGAGUUCAAGUUAAGAGGUUCCAUAAGCUAAAUGUAGAGCUAUCUGGAUGCUAGCUUGUCAUUUUUGCACAUGUUUUCUUUUUCUUUUUUUGUCAGUAAAAAAACAAUAUAUUAUUGUGAACAGCACCAAACCAGGGUGGUGAAUCAGACCAGCAUGAAUGAUCCUCCUGGGUUCCAGACCUUUAUUUCUAAGGAUAGUUUGACCCACCACCGCUAAAUGCUAUGUUAGAAAUGUUAAAACUUCUGUUGCCUUUUCUCCUCACUAACCUCAUGACGUUAACCAGUGAAACGGCAGAGCUCUGCUCCAUUGAAAAUGAGGACGUGCUUAAGUGCCUUUAUAGACAAAAAAAUGAUGGAGAAUGCAAAAAUGAUCUGGUAAGUGAAAAAAGACUUUGGUCUAUUGUCUUCUCGGCUUGUUUACAGUGAAUUUCUGACUACUUCCAUUGUCUUAGAGAAGUGUCAGGAAUGUGACUGCCUUUGACUGAAAGAAACUCCAAGUUUUGUGUUAGCGAAAUAUGUUCAAAUCAAUCUCUAAACACUAACCUUUCGUGCAAAACAAACUUAAAAAAAUACAAAGUAAUGCAGAGACUGAUGUUCUACAAACUGAGCUGAGAAAUCUAAUGUUCCACAAACUCUAUCAGUAAUGCUUUUUUGUUUUGUUUUGUCGUGCUGUGAUCUCAUGUUUACAUGUGUGAGCUGACUGAGGUGUAUUUCUGCUCUUUUUACACUGCUUUUCCCCUCUUUUUUAGCCUCGCUCUUCUUAAUUAUGUAACGCAUAAGAACCAGGUGUGAGAGUUGUCGGCUGAUAAUAAAGACAAACAUCACCGUAAAUUGUUUUUGUUUUCUCAGUGUUCGUUCUGGAGAAAUCGAACAACAACAGUGAUGAGAAUACCAAAGAUUACCAAAAUACAUACAGCAUAAGCUUAAAAAACUGUCUUUUUUUUGCUGAAUAUAUAAAUUGUUGGGAACAAAACUAGCUCUGAUAGUUUCAGAGGUUGAUUCACUUGUGAUUCAGAACAGACACACAGGAAUUCACUGUAAAUAAAUCAAACGAUUUCAAUUAAUAAUCCAUACAUGAAUCCCCUUCUUAGAGUUGUGCUCAGCUCAAAGUUUCUUUGCUACCUUGAAGAACAAAGACGCAUUUUAAGAAAUUGGCUUCUCUUUUUUUUUCUGUGGGCGCCUGCGUUUUCUUCUCAGGUGAUCCGAUCUUCAUUAUUCAGGAGAACGUCUCUUGACUUUACGCUCCUGUUUCUUAAUGCUUUUUUACUGGCUUUUUAUCAUUUUACUGUCUUCCAUUUAACCCGGUCC